GUUCACCCUAAACAAAAAACGCGAAAAGUCUCUGUUCUCCUUGCUUUAUCCCCUGCGGCGGGCUGCAGCGGCGUGUCCUAGAAGGUGGACCGGCAACCGGCGGCCAUGGUGGUGGUGGACGCCCUCCACCUCCACGGCGAUUCGGCGGCUGCGGUCGCGGACGACCUCUUCGGCGGCGGCGCCGACCUCCACGGCUUCUUCGACCACAUGGCACUGGAGGUGAAGGCUAGCGGCGGCGGCGGAGAUGAAGGUGAGGAGGAGCUCGAGUGGCUGUCGAACAAGGACGCGUUCCCGACGGUGGAGACGAUGGGUCCGUCCGCGCCGCGGCCGCGGACGAAGGGCGUGCGGCGGCCACGGCGGGAGGUGGCGUGGAGCCCGCCGCAGGCUCCGGCUGUGGGGCGCGCUCCGCCGGCGGGGUGGCGGUGCCGACACUGCGGGACGAAUCGGACGCCGCAGCGGCGCGAGGGCCCCGAGGGGCGCAGCACGCUGUGCAACGCGUGCGGCGUGCGGUACCGGAGCGGCCGGCUCGUACCGGAGUACCGGCCGGCGAGCAGUCCCACCUUCUCCCCGGAGCUGCACUCCAACCGGCACCGCCUCGUCGUCGAGAUGCGCCGCCGCAGGGAGGAGGCGGCUCAAGCACUCCUCGCCGCCGCUCGCAACGGCGAGGGGAAGGGGGAUGAAAAGCUGGAGUGCCUGUCGCAAAAGGGCGAAUUCCUGGCGGUGCAGUUGAUGGCUGCGGCGGCGGCGGGGCCACGGACGGAGGGCAAGCGGCGGCCCCGGAAGGCGGUAGAGUGGCCGGCGAUCGCGUGGAGCCCGCCGCCUCCUCCUCGGGUUCCGGCGGUGGCGGGACGGCGGCCGAGCCAGGGAGGAGCUGGACUGGCUGUCGAACAAGGACGCGUCCCCGUCGGUGGUGAUGAUGACGUGGGCGGUUGUGCGGCCGCGGACCAAGGACGCGCAGCAGUCCCGGCGGAUGGUGGCUUGAAUCCCGCCGCGCCGCUGGCUGCGGCUGCGGCGGCAGGGCGGCCAUGCCAGCAAUGCGGGACGGAGAAGACGCCGCAGUGGCUCGUGGGCUACAGAAGCAGCUGUAUGGUUCCGGUGCUUCCCGUCCGCCCGGAGCUGCGCUUCGUUUGGCACAACCGCGUCAAGCUGCACCGCCGCCCGGAGCGGAUGGCGAAGUUUUGCCCCGCCACGGCCGCUGACGGCGAGGAGGGGAAAGAAGAGAUGGGGUGGCCGUCAAACAACGACGCGUUCCCGGCGAUGAAGGCUGUGCCAACGGCGGCGGCGCGGCCGCAGACGAAGGGCGUGCGGCGGCGGCGGGUGGUGGAAUUGAGCCCGCCGCGCACGCCACCACCGCCGCGGCGACGGAGUCGACGUGGAGGACAAGAAGCUGCUGUCGAACAAGGACGCGUCGGUGACGGUGGCGCGGCCGCGGACAAAGGGCGUGCGGCGGCCCCAGCGGGCGGUGGCGAGGUGGCAGCCGCGCGUGCUGCCGCGCCCCGGGCUCCGGCGGCGACGAGGCGGCAGUGCCGGCACUGCGGGACGGAGAAUACGCCGCAGUGGCGCGAGGGCCCCGAGGGGCGCCACACGCUGUGCAACGCGUGCGGCGUGCGGUACAAGAGCGGCCGCCUGGUGCCGGAGUACCGGCCGGCGAGCAGCCCCACCUUCUCCCCGGGUCUGCACUCCAACUGCCACCAGCAGGUCGUCCAGCUGCGCCGCCGCCGGGAGGGGUCGGCCGCCGCCGCUCCGGGCGACAAGUGAAGGGUUUUGCUUGACGAUUAGUCUAAUCUGGAGGUUUAAGCUUUUGGCUUCGAGGUUUAGUCGGUGACCAGAGUUUAGGAUUACAUAGGGAGAAUGCUGCGACCGCAUUGGUUUUUACAAUUUAAAAUGGAUUAGAGAUGGAAGAACAGUGUCAGUGAAGAAGGAACAUACGUAAUCAUUUUUCACAACAUGUUAUAGUUGGUGCUUCAUAA